AUCGGCGGUGCACUGUGUCCCUCGGACACAGCGGAUCACGGAAAGAACCGAAGAUGUCGGCUCGGUCAUGUGAUCAGCUGUGUCCAAUCACAGCUGAUCACAUGGGACAUGUACACAGAUCAUCAGAGCACUGAUGAUCAGUGUGCCCUGAUGAUCUGUGUAGCCCCAGCAGCGCCACCUGUCAGUGUCCAUCGGUGCCAGCAGUCAGUGCUCAUCAGUGCCACAUAUCAGUGCACAUCAAUGCCACAUAUCAGUGCCCAUCUGAGCUGCCUUUCAAUGUUGCCUAUCAGUGCCAGUCAGUGCCGCCUAUCAGUGUCAUGUAUCAGUGCUGCCUUUCAGUGCCCAUCAGUGAUGCCUGUCAAUGCCCAUCAGUGCCACUUAUCAGUGUCCAUCAGU